AUGAUAAAGGCGGUGCGAAAUGCGUUCUCCUUCGGAACAGACCUCUGGGAUCCGUCCUCGAGGUUCGAAACCUCUUGGCUCUUCCCACCACUCGUCCUCUUCGCGUUCCGCACCAUAAUUGGCCUCUACAUCCUCAUCACCCGCCUCCUCAUCAUCGGCAAGACCUGCGCAAGCGACACCGGCUGCGCCCCCGUCCGCAACGAAUUCUCCUACUUCACCGUUCUCACCUACUGGGGCCUCACCUUCUACUUCAUCGUCGCCUCCCUCCACACCCUCACCUACGCGCUGACGACCCGACCCCUCCUCGACCGCUUCCCGCGCCCGCUCCAGGCUCUCCACAGCCUCUUCUACACCACCGUCGUCACCUACCCGUUCCUCGUCACCAUCGUCUACUGGGCCAUCCUCUACGACGGUCCCUGGUACACCGUCACUUAUAACGGCUGGAAGGAAAUCUCCCAGCACGGCCUCAACUCGGCGUUUGCGCUCUUCGAGGUCGCGUUUCCCCGUACGGCGCCGCCGCCUUGGAUCCAUAUCCUCUGGCUUAUCAUCAUCCUUGCGCUGUACCUGGCGCUCGCUUACAUCACCCAUGCUACUAAAGGCUUCUAUCCCUAUGACUUCCUCGAUUCCGGCCCGGAUGGGCCCGGCGGUCCUGGCUGGGUCGCCGUGUACAUCAUUUGCAUCCUCGUUGCCGUGAUUGUCAUCUUCGUCGUCGUCAAGGCCAUCAUCUGGUUUAGGGUCUGGGUUACCGAAAGGAAGAUGCACAUGGACGGCAAGUUUGCGCACCAGCGCCGGACCGAGCACGAUCCCGAAAUCGACGUUGGGCAGAAGUAG